AUGUAUGUUAAGAUCGAGACGUCAAGAUUAGAUUAUUUCCGUAGCAAACAACAACAUAUUCGAUCUGAGUUAUAUCAAGGUAUUGUUGAUACCAUUACACUUGGGGAAACUGAUGCUUCUAAUGUUAGAAAACGGAUUAUUCUACCUUCGUCAUUUAUUGGGGGUCCAAGAGAUAUGCGAAAAAGAUAUAUGGAAGCAAUGGCUUUAGUUCAGCGUUAUGGUAAACCAGACAUUUUUUUAACAAUGACGUGCAAUCCAAACUGGCAAGAAAUUUCAAAUGAAUUACGCCUGCAUGAGGAGAGUCAAAAUCGGCCUGAUUUGGUUGCUCGGGUCUUUCGUGCAAAAUUAGAAGAAUUAAAGGAUCGAUUAUUCAAGCAGCAGAUAUUUGGAAAAGUCUCGGCAUAUGUUUAUGUUAUUGAGCACCAAAAAAGAGGGCUUCCACAUGCGCAUUUUUUAAUUAUAUUACAGAGGAAUUGGAAACUCUAUGCGCCUGAAUCUUUUGAUGAGAUCGUAUCGGCAGAAAUACCUGAUAAAAAUACAAAUUUGCACUUGCAUAAUGCUGUUAUCAAGCAUAUGAUGCAUGGACCAUGUGGAGUGUUGAAUCCAACAAAUGUUUGCAUGAAAAAAAAUGGUUAUUGCAAAAGCCAAUAUCCAAAAAGUUAUGCAUCAGGUACGACUGUUAGAAAUGAUUGCUUCCCAAUAUAUAAGCGUUCUGACAAUGGAAUAACUGUCAAACUGAGAGGCCAUAAUUUGGAUAACCGUUGGGUCGUUCCAUAUAAUCCAUAUUUGCUUGCAACAUUUGACUGUCACAUUAAUGUGGAGAUUUGUUCUACGAUAAAAGUAGUCAAAUAUCUUUAUAAGUACGUUUACAAAGGGCAUGAUCGUGUUGCUUUCAAUUUAGUUUCCGAACAAACCAAUCAACAAAUUGACGAAAUCCAACAAUUCCAAUCGGCCCGGUGGAUUGCUCCACCUGAAGCUAUGUGGAGAAUAUACGGCUUCAUUGUUAAUGAAAUGUACCCAUCAGUAUAUAGCUUACAUUUACAUCUUGAGGAUAAACACCAAGUAACUUUUCGAGCAAAUGAAGACUUAAUCAAUGUUCUCAACUCUGAUCGAUCUGCAAAAUCAAUGUUAACAGAAUUCUUUGCAUUAAACCAAGUAGAUGAAAAUGCCAGGACAUUGUUAUACAAAGAAUUUCCAGAAUUUUAUGUUUGGAGCCAACAAUACAAAGAGUGGACUCGUCGGAAAAAAAAAACUGUUAUAGGUCGAAUUAUUACAGCAAAUCCAUUUGAAGGUGAGAGGUAUUAUCUGCGGAUAUUGCUAAAUCAUGUAAGAGGACCUUUGUCAUUUGAAAAUCUUAGAACAGUUGAUGGUGUCGUGGCUCCAACAUUUUGUGAGGCAGCAACUAUGCAUGGUUUGCUACAAAGAGACAGUAGCUUACAAGAUUGUUUACAUGAAGCAUCUCUAUAUCAAAUGCCAUCCAGUUUGAGACGACUAUUUGCAACUAUUUUGGUUUAUUGUAAUCCAACCAAUCCGAGAGAGCUUUGGGAACGUUUUGAGCAAGAUAUGUCAGUUGAUUUUAGGUCGACUGAAAAUUCUAUGUCGGAUGUAAGAAUGCAAGUUUUGCGCUCAAUCUCUUUUACACUUGAAUCAAUGGGGAAAGACAUUAAUUCGUUCCAUCUUCUUGAUGACAACAUUUGUUUUGGUGAAGACCAACUCGAAUCUAGGGAAAUCGAUGAUGAAUUGGCUGUUGAAAUUCCAGAAGAAGAUAUUGUUGCAUCAGAAGCCCUUAAUAGUAAACAACGACAUGUCUAUAAUUCAGUUUUGGGAAAGGUUUUUUCUAAUGAAGCUGCUACAUUCUUUGUCGACGGCCCUGCUAGGACGGGGAAGACAUUCCUGUACAAGGCACUUCUUGCCGCAGUAAGAUCAAGAAAAUUAGUCGCACUUGCAACUGCUUCAUCUGGUGUUGUUGCAUCCAUCCUUCCUGGAGGUCGAACAACACACUCGCGCUUUAAGAUUCCACUAGAUACUGAUGAACAUAGCAUAUGUUGUGUCAGUAAACAAAGUGCCAUCGCAAAGUUACUACGUGUGGCAAAGUUAAUUAUAUGGGAUGAGGCCCCUAUGUCAAGAAAACAACAUAUUCAAGCAUUAGAUAAAAUGCCACGAGACAUUAAUGAUUCAAAUUUAACAUUCGGUGGAAAAGUUGUCGUUUUUGGUGGAGAUUUUUGCCAGGUUUUACCUGUGGUUCGUAAAGGAACAAGACAAGAACAUGUUGACGCCAGUUUGGUUUCUUCUUACUUGUGGCCUACAUUGAUCAAGUUUCAUUUGACUGAAAAUAUGCGAGCAAGAUUGGAUCCAGUCUUUUCAGAAUAUGUGUUAGAAUUGGGCAACGGAAUGCCACCAAUCACAGUUGAUGAAACUAUAAAAAUUCUUGAUGGCAUGCUUGUUCCUUACGAAGAUGACUGUACUUCUUUGGAUCAUUUAAUAGAUGUUGUUUUCCAUGAUAUUCAUGAAUAUUCAAUAAAUAUUUCAGCUAUGAUGAAUCGGGCCAUAUUAACACCAAAGAACAGUUAUGUUGAUGAAAUAAAUGCAUUGCUAAUUCAUAGAUUUCCUGGUGAGCUUAAGCGAUAUUAUAGUUUUGAUGAAGCAAUAGAUACAUCUGAACAGUCAAUUAUGGAAAAUUUUUUAAAUACUCUAACCCCAAAUGGACUUCCUCCUCAUGAAUUGUUACUGAAGAUAAACUGUCCUAUCAUGCUGCUUAGAAACAUUAAUCCUUCAGAAGGACUAUGCAACGGAACACGUCUAAUUUGUCAGGCUUUUGAUCAAAAUGUCAUUGAUGCAAAAAUCGCAGUUGGGCAUCACAGCGGAAAAAGGGUCUUUAUUCCAAGGAUCCCAUUCUUACCAAAUGUUGAUGAAAAUAGUGACUUCUCAUUCAAACGAACUCAGUUUCCUAUUAGAUUAAGUUUUGCAAUGACUAUAAAUAAGUCACAAGGGCAAACAUUGGAUUUUGUUGGAAUAUAUUUACCUCAACCUGUUUUCUCACAUGGUCAAUUAUAUGUGGCUUUAUCAAGGGCAAAGACUGCAUCUACAUUAAGGAUUUUAAUACGGCCAGUGUCAACUGAGCGAUCAGAAAAGAACUGCACAAAAAAUAUUGUCUAUACGGAAUUAUUAAGAUUAGCAUCUUCAGAUUAA